CCCCCCCGCCCCCACCCCCCCCAUGGACAUGCUGGACCCGGGUCUGGAUCCCGCUGCCUCGGCCACCGCUGCUGCCGCUGCCAGCCACGACAAGGGACCCGAGGCCGAGGAGGGCGUCGAGCUGCAAGAAGGCGGGGACGGUCCUGGGGCGGAGGAGCAAACGGCGGUGGCCAUCGCCAGCGUCCAGCAGGCGGCGUUCGGUGACCACAACAUCCAGUACCAGUUCCGCACAGAGAAUAAUGGAGGACAGGUGACAUACCGCGUAGUCCAGGUGACUGAUGGUCAGCUGGAUGGCCAGGGAGACACAGCUGGCGCCGUCAGCGUCGUGUCCACGGCUGCCUUUGCGGGGGGGCAGCAGGCUGUGACCCAGGUGGGCGUGGACGGGGCAGCCCAGCGCCCUGGCCCCGCCGCUGCCUCUGUGCCCCCAGGUCCCGCAGCACCCUUCCCACUGGCUGUAAUCCAGAAUCCCUUCAGCAAUGGUGGCAGCCCAGCAGCGGAGGCUGUCAGUGGAGAGGCCCGGUUUGCCUAUUUCCCCGCAUCCAGUGUGGGAGAUACCACUGCUGUGUCCGUGCAAACCACCGACCAGAGCUUGCAGGCCGGAGGCCAGUUCUAUGUCAUGAUGACACCCCAGGAUGUGCUGCAGACAGGAACACAGAGGACGAUCGCACCCCGGACACACCCCUAUUCCCCAAAAAUUGACGGAACCAGAACACCACGGGAUGAGAGAAGAAGAGCUCAGCACAACGAAGUGGAGCGGAGGCGGAGGGACAAGAUCAACAACUGGAUUGUCCAACUUUCAAAAAUCAUUCCAGACUGUAAUGCAGACAACAGCAAGACAGGAGCGAGUAAAGGGGGGAUCCUGUCGAAGGCCUGCGAUUACAUCCGGGAGCUACGCCAGACCAACCAGCGMAUGCAGGAGACCUUCAAGGAGGCCGAGCGGCUGCAGAUGGACAAUGAGCUCCUGCGGCAACAGAUCGAGGAGUUGAAGAAUGAGAACGCCCUGCUUCGAGCCCAGCUGCAGCAGCACAACCUGGAGAUGGUGGGCGAGAGCACCCGACAGUGACGUGACGCCCGCCCCCAGUGUGCAGCCGCUGGCCUCUGCUGCCCCCUCCCCCAGCCCUUAGCACAGAGAGGGACAGACGCCCCUCCCCCAGCUGCGUUUUUUAUAGUA